AGCUAGCUGGGCAAUUAUCACCUUAGCCGCACAGGUCAUACUAUGGCUGACAGAUCCUCUAUUCACUUUGUUCCAGCUUCUCUUCCUCCUCAACUAGAGAGAGGGAGAGUGAGAGAGGACAGCUGGAAGAACGAAAUGAACUCUUUUGCUCGAGGUCGUCCAGUGAGCGAAGCGGACGCUGAAUGGCUAGAAGAAGAUCAUCUCCAACUCCUCCAUAGCGAAGAAGAGAGAGAAGGAGGCUAUGGCUCUAUAACUGAAGACUUUCCAAAGGAAGAGCCAGCUCCUUUGAGGGAGAGGCUAUCUCAGAAUCGCAGCCGUAGGAAAAUAAAGAAACAUCAUCGCAGACUAGAUGCUAAUCCAUUCACAUCUCUUAAAAGAUUAGUAAUCGGUGAAGAUGAAGAUGAAGAUUCAAGUGAUGAGGAGCCCCCUACAAUGAAUCCUGUGUAUCGUCGCUCGGGGAAAGAUCUAGCAAAACUCAUACUUCUACCGACACUCUACUUUGCUCUCAUGAUUGUUGCAUGUGUCUUUGCAUUCUACACAAUAGAGGGAGUUGUUCUAUCGUACAACAAUAAAGUACAGUCGGUUCAAUUGGUUGAGGUUAAGGAUCGCUAUCCUCCGAUUGGUAUCGUAAUUCUCCCACAGUUCUCAAAUUAUAGUUUUUGUCAGUAUCGUUACUAUGAUGACGUAUCGCCAGAUCCAGAGAAACCUCCGGAGCGAUGUAAUAAAUACAAGUUACCGGAAACUUGUACUUAUUUUAAUGUGUCGUUUAAUUCGACUGCACUUGUUAAUGUAACUAGAUUUGCAAUGGUGUUUAAAGGUCCCACACUAGUUGACUGUAAAGAAUCCUUGCUGCUACACUUCAGCAUCAAUACAACCUCAAGACAGUUCAGUGCAGUAGAGUACAUUUUAUUUGAAAACUGGAACUAUUUCGAGUCGUUAAAAGAAAACGAAAGAAAGGGAUUCCUUGCUUCGCUCGAGCAGUACAGAGACAUAUACACUUUUCCAGCUGGUUUUAGGACGUGGGUCAAAAUGAGUUACACUAUACGAACGGAUUACAGAGCAACAACAAAUAAAACUGAUUUCAAUAUCAUCGAUAAUUACGCUUCAUUCAAUGACCCUGGGCUCGAUGGGAUGUACCCGAUGGAGGUUGUUUUUGAAUGGAAAGAUCGCUACUAUGACUACGUGAGGGACAUCAUCUCUACAACGGCUUGGAGUGCUUUCGGCUCAAUAUGUGGCGUUUUUAUAACUUUAGUGAAAGCUGGCGAGUUUUGUCGCAUGUGGAUGAGAAGGAUCAGGAGAGACAAGGAAAAGAAAAUGUUGCAUUUGAAAAAGUUGGAGGAAGAACAUGAGAAAGAGCUCGAAGCGUAUAAAGAAAGACAGAAAGAGAAGAGAGAGAAUAAGCUACGGAAAUCAAUGGAAACUACGAAAAGUUAUCACAUACAAAAGAACUGAGUGACUAGUCAAUUGAACGUUAUUUUAAUUUUGUUAUUUUUAAAUUUUGUCCGUGAGACUCGUGACUAAUGUGUACAUAUGUGUUAAUUAUUUAUUAAAUUAUUUUCUUUUAAAAUAUGAAAAAAAUUUCUUUACACCACGCCAAA